AUGGCUCAGUCGGCUGCUAACGGUGUGGACCAGGACCUGGCCAGCAAGAGGCUGCACUCCAGACAACAAGCCAUGGCACUCUUUAAUUAUGACUGGGUUACUACUCUGAGCACCAAGUUUCUGUACUCAGCCAAGAAUCACAGGGACAACAGUGAAGAACCCAGAAUAUGGAGAGAGCGGCUGUGCAAAGCAGGGGACUUUAAAGGGGGAACGGCAUUUUUUGAGGCAGCUGUACAGGUUGGCACAGAAGACCUGAAGACCCUCAGUGCCAUCUACAGCCAGUUGGGAAAUGCCUACUUCUAUCUCAAGGAGUAUGGCAAAGCCCUGGAGUACCAUAAACACGACCUUACCUUGGCCAGAACAAUAGGAGACAAAAUUGGAGAAGGAAAAGCCAGUGGCAACCUUGGAAACACAUUAAAAGUGUUGGGGCGCUUUGACGAGGCUGUUGUAUGCUGUCAACGACAUCUGGAUAUUUCUCAAGAGCAGGGAGACAAGGUUGGAGAGGCCAGAGCACUCUAUAACAUAGGGAAUGUGUUUCAUGCAAAGGGAAAGCAGCAGCUGUGGGGCUGCACCCAGGAGCCAGGAGAUCUGCUGCCUGAUGUUAGAGAGACACUGCAAAGGGCUACUGGCUUUUAUGAGAUGAACUUGUGUUUGGUCAAAGAACUUGGUGACCGAGCUGCUCAGGGGAGGGCCUAUGGGAACCUGGGCAACACCCACUACCUGCUGGGAAACUUUGUCGAAGCUAUCAAGUUCCACCGUCAGCGAUUAUCCAUUGCCAAAGAAUUUGGGGACAAAGCGGCAGAACGGCGAGCCUACAGUAAUCUAGGCAAUGCGCUUAUCUUCCUGGGCCAGUUCAACACAGCCACAGAGUAUUACAGGAAGACUUUGCAACUGUCCAGGCAGCUGAGGGACCAGGUGAUGGAGGCCCAGGCCUGUUACAGCCUGGGAAACACCCACACUCUUUUGCAGCAGUAUGAGAGAGCUAUAGACUACCACCUGAAACACCUGUGCAUAGCCCAGGAGCUUGCUGAUAGGGUAGGUGAGGGCCGUGCCUGCUGGAGUCUGGGAAAUGCAUACGUGUCUUUAGGGAACCACAAACAAGCUCUCCACUAUGCCCGCAAGCACCUGGACAUCUCUAAAGAAAUUGGAGACAGAAAUGGGGAACUGACAGCCAGAAUGAAUGUGGAGCAGUUAAUGGAGGCCUUGGGCAUCAAUGAGAGUGACCUUUCGCCCUCCAGUUCAGAGUUUGAGAUGCAAGGAGCAAGACCCAAAUUCACCAAGAGAAACAGCAUGGACAGUGUUGAACUAUGGAAGUACUCUUCAGAUAAGAAUGGUGAGAGCCAAGACUUGGAAAGUAUAGCUAGGCGAUCUAAGGGUCAGUUUCCAGUGCCUGAUAAGAGAAAAGGCUAUCCCGACAGUCAGUCAUCAGAUGAAAGGCUGUGGUUGGACUCUCCCGUAGACACCGAUGACAUCACCGUGCAAGUCCCACCUCCAGUGCCAAAGCUGGGCCGUGAUCCCUCUGAUGAAGACUGCUUCUUUGACCUCCUUAGUAAGUUCCAGAGCAGCCGCAUGGAUGACCAGCGCUGCCAUCUUGAUGAGCCACAGAAUGGAGAUAAGGGAGACGGUGCUACAAACUCUAUGCCAUCCCUGAAUGAGAUGAUGGAUCCUACAAUUACCACUUCACCCCAGACUGAGGAGCUUUUUGAUUUGAUUGCUAGCUCUCAGAGCCGCCGUCUUGAUGACCAGCGGGUUAAUGUUGGUAACCUCCCAGGCCUGAGAAUUACCCAUAACAAUUUGGGACACCUGGUGGGUGAAGGAGAUCAUCAGGAACCCAGUGAUGACUUCUUCAACAUGCUUAUCAAGUGCCAGUCCUCCAGGAUUGAUGAUCAGCGGUGCUCCCCACCAGAAACGGGUCCCCAUGCCCCCACAGUGCCUGAUGAAGACUUCUUCAGUCUAAUCCAGAGGGUGCAGGCCAAGCGUAUGGAUGAGCAGCGCGUUCAUCUGCCCACAGAUGACAAGGACGGCCCUCAGUCGCCUGAUCCUGAGCCACCUGGUGGAUUUUCCAGCUAGUACUUGGUGAAUAUUGCUGCACAACCUCAUGUCAAAGAAAAUAAAAGCAAAAGAAAUAAAAGAAGGAUGAGUAAAAACUAAAGACAGCACCGAUGGCUGCACUGUCAUGCUUUUUAAUAACAUAAAUUCCAUGUGCAAUAGGUGGUGCCAUGUCAAAUAUUGCUCGACGUAUUCUGUUCUAAAUGUCUAAAUAUAACAUGGUGAUGUGGGGAACAAGAAAAUAUAAACAUAACACAACAGACAUGAAAUAUGUGCUCAAUCUAAUGCCUUAAUCAGCAUUUAUCAGACUCAAGAUUGUACUCCCUGGAGUCAGAUGUGUCUUUUAGAUUAAUGUGGACACAUACAGUGCGAGCUGUGAAAUUCACAAAGGUAGAUAAGGAUAGAACAUGGAUAGAAACAGGUUUGUUGAAAACGUAUAAGGAUUAACAGAUUUGUACUGAAAUCAUAACCAUUUUUAUAAACACAUAAAUGAUAGUGUUGAUUUUUUUUGACAAACCGUAUUAAUUCAACUGCUGGUUUUACCAUUAUGCUUUUAUGAUUCCAUCUGCUGAUAGGAAACUGAUGUUAUUUGCGUAGUAACAGUAUUAGGGGUGGCCAUCCAGUGUUAACUGCUUUGAGUUUAACAUUUCCACAGCCUGAUAACCACAUUUCAUUUUUACAAAUAUAAUUGAACUGACAGACUGAUUGAAACAUGGUUUUCCUAAAUGUUAUUUAUAAAAAUGCACCUCUUCAUGUAGUAUACAGUGACAGUGGUUACUGAGCAAAGGAUAUGAAAUCGCUGCUUAUUUUAUGAAGAUUAGAGGUGUGUAAAAAUUCAAGCUCCAUUUAAGGUUUGUGCUUGGCUUUUAAAGUGAUGCUAUCUGCAGCCCAUAAUGUUCUCACCAUCUGAUAACAGACUGCUUACUGCCAUCGUUAUUACAUAGAAAUAAACAUGUCAUUUUUAGAAGACUAAUUGUAUGAACAAUAUUUUUACAGUAGGUUGGUGCUGUUAUACUGCCACCCUGUGGUCAACACCUUAUAUUACCUCUGAAAGAAAGAGUGAAAUCAAGUGAGGAUAAAAUGCAUUCAAUUGCAAUUUUUUUAGGGCAGCAUUGUAAUAAUGAUAUUGCACUCCUAGUAGUAACCAGGAUGGGUCCUAUACCCAGUUCACAGUGGUUAUGUUUGAUUCAUCUCUUUUUGAUAAACAACGCAGUGGGAGUUGCAUUUAACAUUUUCUCUGUUUUUCUGUGAAUUUGCAUUUUUAGAAAGUACCCGAAGCACUUCUGUUUGUCUGCCAUAAUUUGUACAUAUAAAUAUAUUUUGUAUUUAUGUUCCAUCUGAGGACAUGAAGAUGUCCCCUCAUGCUUUUAAUAAAAUGGU